GCAUUUCGGGUGCAACAGAACUGUUGUAUUCUCGCACAUACCAGUGACAAUGGGCCCGAAAUUGGUAACAGGUAAGGGUAAGAGGUGUAGUGAUGAUGCUGGUGGCGCACAUGUCAACAUUGAUCCCAUUUACCGUUGAUGAAGUAUAUAAGUAGUCUGUGAUGUUCUUCUACAUAGUCUCUCCAGAACCAUGAUACAUGCUCUUCAAAUCAGAUCGAUGGCUCCUCUACAAAACUAAAGAAUCAGAUAUCUCAUACCCCUUGUCGUUGCAAGAACAAGCAUGUCUACCCUACACGAGGAAGAAUCUCGUUCUCCAUCGACACAUGUCGAUACCACCUCCUCCACCGACACCGACGCCAGACCCGGAUCGAGGCAACACCCUCCUAACCAUGUUGACCUCGCUGGCACCAACGCCGACUUGGAUGGACAAACUGGGAGUGUUGCCGGAUCGGACCCGGACUCCAAAGAAGAAUCAGAAGAACCAGAAGAAUCAGACGAAUAUCCAUCCUUCACCAAAACAAUGGUCAUCAUGGCAUGUAUCAUGACCACCACCUUUCUCAACGCCUUGGACAAACUGAUAGUCGGCGUGGCCAUUCCCAAAAUCACCGACGAAUUCGAUUCUCUGGGCGACGUGGGCUGGUACGGAUCGGCGUACCUGCUGACGACGUGCGCGUUCAACCUCAGCCUCGGCCGACUGUACACCUUUUACGACCCGAAAUGGAUGUACCUCUUGUCGCUCGUGAUCUUCGAGGUCGGAUCCGCCAUCUCCGGCGCGGCAGGCGGUUCGUCGGCCUUCAUCGUCGGCCGGGCCGUCGCGGGGGUGGGCAACGCAGGUCUGUUCCAGGGGGCCAUCACCAUUUUCGUCUACAUCGUCCCCCUCCCCAAGAGGCCCCAGUACAUGGGGUUCUUCGCGUCGGUCUUCGCCGUCGCGAGCGCCGUGGGACCCUUGCUGGGCGGCGCCUUCACCGACGGGCCCGGGUGGAGGUGGUGUUUCUACAUCAACCUACCCUUUGGCGGGGUGGUGUUGGUCGCGUUGGCUUAUUUUCUCCGGAUCCCUGCGAAGAUGAUGGGACGAAACCCAACGACCACGUGGCGUCAAAAGGUCGCGAGACUAGAUCCGAUCGGCACGGCGUGUUUCUUGCCGUGUGUCGUCUGUCUACUUUUGGCCCUGCAGUGGGGUGGCGUGACCUACCGAUGGUCAGACGCACGCAUCGUCGUCUUGCUGACCUUGUCGGGAGUGCUGGCCGCGGUUUUUGUGCUCGUCCAGGCGUGGAAACAGGAAAAUGCACUCGUGCCACCUCGGAUCUUUCUUCAAAGGAGCAUCUUCGCGGGAAUCAUCUUCUCGUUCAGCAACGGCGGGGCGAUGCAGACCCUCCUCUACUUCCUGCCGAUCUGGUUUCAGGCGAUCAAGGGUGUAUCGGCCAUCAAGUCGGGCAUCAUGGUCUUACCCAUCAUGUUGUCCAUGGUCGUCACCGGCAUGGUGGCCGGGGUGGUGACCAAGAAAAUCGGAUACUACGCCCAGUGGUUGUACGUGUCGACCUUGUUUGCUUCGGUCGGGGCAGGGUUGAUCACCACCUUCACCCCCUCCACGGGCCACCCCGAGUGGAUCGGCUACCAGGUUCUUUUCGGCAUGGGCAUGGGCUUCGGCAUGCAGCAGGCGUCCCUGGCGGCCCAGACGGUCCUGUCGAGGCGCGACGUGGCGACGGGGGCGGCCCUGAUGAUGUUCAGUCAGACACUCAGCGGGUCGAUUUUUGUCAGCGUGAGCAACAACCUCUUCGACAACACCUUGACCCAAAAAUUGGCCGGCGUCCCGGGCAUCGAGGUCGGCACGAUAGCCAAAGUCGGCGCCACCGAGUUGAGGGCCAUGGUGCCAACCCAGUCCUUACCGCGGGUGUUUGUCGCGUACAACGCCGCGUUGCGCACCACCUUUUACACGGCCACGGCUUUGGCAUGUGUCGGGAUCGUCGGAGCGGUGCUCAUGGAGUGGGUCAGUGUCAAGAAGGAUGAGAAGAGGAGGAGUAGUGAGUCUGUGGCGGAGAAAGGUAAGAGUGGGAAAGACAUUGAAGCUAUAGACAGUCAAGUUUAGAUGACUCGAGGUUGAAAAAUGGGCGCCAUGGUUUGUUCAGCAUGCCUCGAUGAGGUUUUCAUACUAUCGUAUAUUGGAUCAUUGUAAUUGUAAUUAUCAAGAAAGUAUUAUAUGUUG